AUUGUGAAAGGGCGAGCAGCGAGACUGAAAAGAGUUAGGGGAGGAAGGGAAGGGGGGUUAGUUGUCUGUGAGGAGUUUUUGGAGGCGGAGCACUCUGCGAAGCGUGGGGGAGGAAGGGGCCAUUGAUCGGGGGCUGGGAGGCGCUGUAGCCUGUGUUUGAAUGAAGCAGAGACGGAAAUAUGUGAGUUUGUAUAAUAAUAGAGGGGUAACCGACUCCAUUUGGUCGACGAGAAUCAGAACUUUUGUAUCGCAUUAUUACACUGUUUGGAAACACGAUCAAAAGGAAGACUGGAUCUAGUUCUGCGCUUCCUUGGAAUUUUGCACUCUGCCCUCGACAUGCAGUGUGCGAGUUUUGGGAAGAAUCAGUAGGAAUAUACCCAAUCCCUCGACGUAUUGUUGCGGCCAUUAACGAGGAAUUUACAACCUAAACUAUAUCGGCAACAUCGCUUGUGGCUUUAAUGCAGGUGACCAAAAUUCCAACACACUAAAUUGCACUCCAAAUCACGUUUCCAGCUAUUUUUUGUUCACCGGCAAAGCGGUUCGCUGUCUCGCAGGCAUUUGGGUGAUGAAUGAUAGUAUUCACACACGCAGCAGGACUCUGGGCAGAGUAGCCUACCGCUGCGGACACCAAGACUGGGAUGCGUAUAAUGGCCUUUGUAUUGUGUAGAUGAAUCUGGGAGAUUUUUUUGCAUGUGGUUUGAUGUAAAUGCGCAACGACUGAAAAUUACAACGCUUCUAUUUACCCGGCAAAACGAAUUCCCAAAGAAAGAUUUUUCCCUCAACCUUUUUUGCCACAACAGUUGUGCUAGGAUCCCUCUUUGUGUGGCAACCGCACUACCCCUCAAUUGACUGGAGAACGACUUGGAGAAAGGCUCUUCUCCAUCUCUUCUCAUCCAGCCUCCAAGAUAGAUUCUCUCAGGAGUAAGGUGGAGUUACUGAAGCUGCCGUUAGCUCUCUCCUCCAAAUCCCUGAGCGAGCGCAAGAGUCAGCUGGGCGGAGCCGGAGGUGGCACGGGGGGAGGAGGGGCCCACAAACCCCGCCCACCAGCCCCAGACAUGGACAACGAGUCGCAGUACUCGGGCUACUCCUACAAGUCGUCCCACUCGCGGAGCUCCCGCAAACACAGGGAUCGGAGGGACCGGCAUCGCUCAAAGAGCCGAGACAGCAGUAGCCGUGGCGACAAAUCUGUCACUAUCCAGGCUCCCGGAGAGCCCCUGCUUGACACAGAGUCGACCCGUGGAGAUGACCGGGAUGACAACUGGGGCGAGACCACCACGGUGGUCACCGGCACGUCGGAGCACAGCGUCUCCAACGAGGACCUGACGCGCGCCUCCAAGGAGCUCGAGGACUCUUCGCCGCUGGAGUGCCGGCGCUUCGCCGGGCCAGCCCUGAGCGGCGCUCUGGGCCUCUUCGCUCUCCUCACCCCCCUCGCCUUCCUCCUCCUCCCGCAGCUGCUGUGGCGCGACCAGCUGGAGCCCUGCGGCGUGCCUUGCGAGGGCCUCUACGUCUCGCUGGCCUUCAAGCUCCUGGUCCUGGCGCUCUCGUCGUGGGCGCUCUUCCUGCGUCCGCCCCGCGCCUCGCUGCCGCGGCUCUUUGUCUUCCGCGGCCUCCUGGCCGCGCUUCUCUUCCUCUUCGUGGCGUCCUACUGGCUCUUCUACGGCGUGCGCGUGCUGGAGCAGCUGAGCGGACUACCAUCAAGCAUCGUGGGCUCUGGCUCGGUGGGCCUGGUGGAGCUGCUCUUCAUCCAGUACCUGGCGCUGGUGCUGCUGGAGGUCCGGCAGCUGCAGCCGGCUUUCUGCCUCAAGGUCGUCCGCACCACCGACGGAGCCAGUCGCUUCUACAACGUCGGACACCUCAGUAUCCAGCGUGCAGCUGUGUGGGUCCUUGACCAGUACUACAGCGACUUCCCUGUCUACAACCCGGCGUUGCUCAACCUGCCCAAGUCAAUCCUCUCGAAAAAGAUGUCUGGCUUCAAAGUCUACUCACUUGGAGAAGAGAACAGCACCAAUAACUCAACUGGCCAGUCGCGGGCCAUGAUCGCAGCUGCAGCACGGAGGCGGGACAAUUCCCAUAAUGAGUACUACUACGAGGAGGCUGAGAUGGAGCGCCGCGUCCGCAAGCGCAAGGCCAGACUGGUGGUGGCAGUAGAGGAAGCCUUCACCCACAUCAAGCGGCUGCAGGAGGACGAGCCUGCGGCCUCGUCGCCCAAGCACCCGCGCGAGGUGAUGGACCCGCGGGAGGCGGCGCAGGCCAUCUUUGCGCCUAUGGCCCGGGCCAUGCAGAAGUACCUGCGCACCACACGCCAGCAGCCCUACCAUAGCAUGGAGAGCAUCAUCGCCCACCUGCAGUUCUGCAUCACCCACAACAUGACGCCGAAGGCAUUCCUGGAGCGGUACCUCAGCCCUGGGCCCACCCUGCAGUACCAGCGUGAGAACGGCAGAGGGCGUCAGUGGACGCUGGUGAGCGAGGAGCCGGUAACCAGCGCCCUGCGCCAGGGCCAAGUCUUCUCGCUGCGACGCCUCGACUUUGCCUUGGUCGUCACAGUGACGCCGCUCCCUUUCCUCAACCUGGGGGAGGAGUUCAUCGACCCCAAGAGUCACAAGUUUGUGAUGCGGCUGCAGUCCGAAACCUCUGUUUGAGACCGAGAAAGAAAGAGAGUGAGAGAGAGAGAAAGAGAGAGAGAGAAAGAAAAAGGAAGGAGAAGAUCGUCACAAGAUGGAGGGGUGGGCGGAGAGAGAGCUGAUGAGUAAAAAACGAGUCAGACGUUGGAGGAGUGAAGUUGGCGUGAAGUGACGACAAAGAAAGGAGGAAAUGAGAGUGGAUGUAGAGGGAUAGAACCACUCUUCAGCCCCGAUUUAACAUCACAUCAUUUCUCAUAGAUUUUAUUUCUUCAUUUUUUUUAUCUUCCAGUGACUUUCUCCCUUUACUGUUUUUUUUUUUUU